UAAACUGUGUAGCAAGCUUAAACAGUUAUUAUCACGAGAAUACCUUAAUAAAAGAUUAAUUAAAAAACUAGUACAAAGUCCUAACUUCAUACGUUUUUAUACGCUCGUUUCUUAAAGUUCAGAGCAUUUAAGUUGUCAAAUAUAAAAAAGUUUUGCAAGGUAAAUAAAGUUUUGAUUCAACAGGAAGGUGUAUAACAAAAUGCAUAUAAUUGGAGUUGCUUUACUAAUGAUAGUAAGAGAAGGUUAUGGACUGCAAUGUUAUAAUGAACCUCUUCAUAAUGGCACACAAGAUGUACAAGUAUCUAUAGAGACAUGUACAGACAAUCAAAACCAAUGUGCAACGAUAUUUUUGAUUAGUAAUGGAAGUUCAUCCGUGGGACGAAAGUGUACAUCAGGAUAUUUCAUCUCGUGUUCUAUUCAAUGCGCAAUUUUCUACACAUCUUAUUCUCCAUGUCAGAUAACCUGCUGCGAUAAAGAUUUAUGCAAUUCUGAUGCCAGUGAAUUAUUAACACAAACUACAACCUCGAUUCCCAAAAUGCAAACUACCAGACCUUAUACAACACCAUAUAAACCAACGCCUAUGCCAAUUAUGUCAAAGAUUUUACAAUUCCUUUCAAAACUUUUUUCAAAAAUUGCAAAUCUUUUUUUUAAACAUUAAAUUCAGCUUUUUAU